AUGAGCUCUUCAACACUUUACUUGCUAGUCAGAUCACCAAGAAGCAGUUUGUUCCCAGACCUUGUUAAGUACCUAGGACUGGACAUUGAGAUUAAGGAUAACACUUCUCCUGAGUUGGGUGAAGAAUUUCCGUUGAAAAAAUGUCCUGCUCUUAUUGAAGCAGAUGGAUUCAAAGUUACGGAAGCCCUGGCUGUUUUCAGAUAUCUUGCUCACUUGGCGCCCGAGAAACUCAAUUGGUACGGUAAGACUCCAAGACAGGAUGUAGAGACCGAGAAAUGGCUGUCUUUCUUCAACUCGGAGGUCAUGAACGCAUAUAUUGGCUGGUUGCUUCCAAAGUUGGGAGUGACUCCAUACGACGAGGAAAAGGUCAACGGUGCCUUGCAAACUUUCGACAAGUAUGCAGAUAUCGUUGAAAAACAGCUGCAAAAAACAAAGUACCUUGUUGGAGACGAACCGACCAUCGCCGAUUUGUAUGCUCUUCAGUAUCUCAAGGGAGCAUACUCUCUGAUUUGGGACGAGACAUGGAUCAAAAAGCACCCAGAGAUUUCUAGAUGGAUUGAGCUUCUCAAGAAGAACCCGGUUGUCGGUGAGAGUAUCAAGGAUCUGAAGCUAGCAGCUGCAACCCCAGAUAAAUCUUAG